GUGAGGGCGCGGAGCGGCAGCAGCUGCGGCGGCAGAGACGUGGGCGGUGGCCGCGCGGGUCUGGCGGGACCGGUUUGGAAGACUUUGCCUCCCUGCAGGUGGUGUGAACAACGUGCUGAGAGAGGCAAAGUAACUUCAUUCAGGACACACAGCUCUUAAAUGGAGAGGUGGAUUCCAACCCAGGCAGGCCCCUUUCAGAAUCACCUGACCCACUCAGAGCCUCGGGGGGCUGCGCCCAAACACAGUGGGACACCUUUCUCCCUGCCACCCUACCAGGAGAUGAGACAGGUGGUGGACACCUGAACUCAGAUUGGCCUUAAGAGAAGGACAGAGCCGUAUACUGCUGACGACCCAGAACUGGCAGACAGAAGGUUGCCAUGGCUGCUGUUGACAGCUUCUACCUCUUGUACAGGGAAAUCGCCAGGUCUUGCAAUUGCUAUAUGGAAGCUCUAGCUUUGGUUGGAGCCUGGUAUACGGCCAGAAAAAGCAUCACUGUCAUCUGUGACUUUUACAGCCUGAUCAGGCUGCAUUUUAUCCCCCGCCUGGGGAGCAGAGCGGACUUGAUCAAGCAGUAUGGAAGAUGGGCCGUUGUCAGUGGUGCAACAGAUGGGAUUGGAAAAGCCUACGCUGAGGAGUUAGCAAGCCGAGGUCUCAAUAUCAUCCUGAUUAGUCGGAACGAGGAGAAGUUGCAGGUUGUUGCUAAAGACAUAGCCGACACGUACAAAGUGGAAACUGAUAUUAUAGUUGCGGACUUCAGCAGCGGCCGUGAGAUCUACCUUCCAAUUCGAGAAGCCCUGAAGGACAAAGACAUUGGCAUCUUGGUAAAUAACGUGGGUGUGUUUUAUCCCUACCCGCAGUAUUUCACUCAGCUCUCCGAGGACAAGCUCUGGGACAUCAUAAAUGUGAACAUAGCCGCCGCUAGUUUGAUGGUCCAUGUCGUGUUACCGGGAAUGGUGGAGAGAAAGAAAGGUGCCAUCGUCACGAUCUCUUCUGGCUCCUGCUGCAAACCCACUCCUCAGCUGGCUGCAUUUUCUGCUUCUAAGGCUUAUUUAGACCACUUCAGCAGAGCCUUGCAGUAUGAAUAUGCCUCUAAAGGAAUCUUUGUACAGAGUCUAAUCCCCUUCUAUGUAGCCACCAGCAUGACAGCACCCAGCAGCUUUCUGCACAGGUGCUCGUGGUUGGUGCCUUCGCCAAAAGUCUAUGCACAUCAUGCUGUUUCUACUCUUGGGAUUUCCAAAAGGACCACAGGGUACUGGUCCCAUUCUAUUCAGUUUCUUUUUGCACAGUAUAUGCCUGAAUGGCUCUGGGUGUGGGGAGCAAAUAUUCUCAACCGUUCACUACGUAAGGAGGCCUUAUCCUGCACAGCCUGAGUCUGGAUGGCCGCUUGAGAAGUUUUGCCAACUCCUGGGAACCUUGGUAUUCCGACAUUUGGAAAAACACAUUUAAUUUAUCUGCUGUGUUUUAUUGCUGAUUAUUCAGCAUACUGUUGAUUCGUCAUUUGCAAAGCAGACAUCAUACUGUCAGAAUGCUGUGAAAAACCUCAAGGGUGUAUGGAUGGCACAGGAUCAAUAAUGCCUGAGGCUGAUUGAAGACAUCUACAUUUCAUGCUUUUUCCCUAACCUGUUCAAAAGUUACGCUUUUCUGUUGUUCUAGAGCCACAGCAGUCUAACAUUGAAAUAUAAUGUGAUUUGUCAGCUCUUAUAAUAAAUUUCAGAUGUUGUUUUUUAAGGAAAAUUGACCAUUACACUAGAGGAAUUGUACUAGUUUUUAAAUGUGCAUCAAGAAAGACUACUGAAAAGUAUUAUUUUAUAGCUAAGAUUGCUGGUACUAUUAGGAAAAAUCUGUGUGUAUUGUAUAGCUCUAGCUGUUUGACUAUCUGUAAUGAAAAUGCUGCACUUCAACUGAUAUUUCAUUAGAGAACCGUGUGUAUGUACAUGUGUGUGUGUGUGGGUGUGGUGUCUUUGAGCAACUUUAUUUAUGGUUACCAUAAUUUUAAAAAGAUUUUUUGUCAGGAUGACUUAACAUGGAAUCUUAAAGGGUAUUAAAACAAUCUAGAUUAUUCCUUUUCAUCCUAGAUAAGCCUACCAAAUUUCAUGCUGUUGGUUUGCCAUGAAUAAUAUUACUUCCUACGUUAUAUUUUUGUUUUUUCAAAUCUGCUAUGGUAUGAACUUAUUCCUAGAUUUAGAUAUGUAAGAGAAACCUGCAGUCAUCUUUUGAUUUGUAAGGCAAUCCUUGUGGAUAAAUAGUGAUUUCUCAGCCUCUGACCCAUUUUGUAACUGAAAUUUAGCCCUUUGCAGCUUGUUAUAUCUGGUUUUCCUACAUUUUUCUAUGUAAUAUUAUUCCAUUCCAGUAGCAUUAUUGAUAGAAAUAAUAAGUAUUUAUGGAAUAGUAAAAUAUGGACAAAUUAUGUGUGUGAUAUGAUAUAUCUGUGAAUAAGUUAGAAGCUUAUUCUUGGUUUGUGUAAUGAAUUUAUGUAUUGUAGUGAAUACCUUUAUUGGUGUGAAGAUAAUUAUGCACAAGCCCUCACAAUAUGCGUUAACAUUGAAACCUAUGAAAUGUCCUUAGUUGGGGUCUUAUAAAGCCAACCAUUUUUGAGGACCAUGUACCUAGUGCUUUGAAAACUAUAAGUCACUAUAUGAAUAUGACAAUACGUGCACAUUUAAAAUUCAGAGCUUGGCAUUGUGAUACGGAUGCAGAAGCUGGUAGAUUGGUUAAAAGUCUGGACUCCUGUGGCAUUUUUUUUGUGGCAUGAUAAUCUGUCAUAAGCAGACCUGAGCACAAUUUUAUGGACACAGUUUUGCCCAUGACAUUGCCUACAGGAUUUCCAGAUGGGACUUGCACUCAGAAGAUCAGCGGCCAACUCCAGAAGCUCUUCCAUGCUCAGAUCAUGUCUUCAGGACUUAGAUGUGAACAUCUACACACUGGGAGGUGCUGUGUGACCCCCAAGGUUUUGAUGGAGCUAACUUGGAAUCCUCUUGACUUCAUGCCACAUUGACGUGAACUUUGAUGUGUAAUAAGCAGCAGCAACUUCGUGUGAAAAUAUUGUCAGGUAGUUAUAUGUAAGGUUGCGUGGUCCAGUAAUGUCUUAGAUUGAUAAAUUCGGUAUGGAAUCGGAAUCAGUGUUACGUGAUGAGAAUAGGUGAACGCACCUGUCAGUGAUGAUGUAAAAUUCUCUCCUUGGCAGGACAUGGGCAAACAUGCUGAUUGGUGCAAGUGUGGCGCAGAGCUGUCCGUAGCUGUAGCAAAAGAUGAAGAGCAAGACCUCUAGGUUUUCUAGCUUUCGUUAAAUAUAUUUUUUUCCCCAGAGCUAAUUUGAAAGUUGAUUGGACCACUGUGGACGGGGUCUCAUUAAGAAUGUGGGAAAUAUGGGCUGAGCACGGUGGCUCACACCUGUAAUCCCAGAAUUUGGGAAGGCCAAGGCGGGUGGAUCACUUGAUCCUGGAGUUCGAAACCAGCCUGGGCAACGUGCCCUGUCUCUACAAAAAAUACAAAAAUUAGCCAGGCAUGGUGGUGCAUGCCUGUAGUCCCAGCUACUUGGGAGGCUGAGGCAGGAGAAUCGUUUGAGCCCGGGAUGCAGAGGUGGAAGUGAGCCAAGAUCGUGCCACUGCACUCCAGCCUUGAGACAGCGAGACCCUGUCUCAAAAAAAAAAAAAAAAAAAAGAACAUGGGAAAUAUGAACCUUUGAAACUUAAUUUGUCAAUUGAAAGUUUAACAAUAAAAGUAGUUGUUUCUGUUUCCUUUGGAA